CCCUUACCCGUUGCCUUACCAUGCGUCGACCGCCAUUAUGGCCAUUCAUACAGAUUGAAUUAAUUCGGAUUCGACUGAAUGGACUCGUAUCACGUGUAACAGCGUUGCGAAACUAUGAGAGAAUAUUGGGAAGAGGCAUUCCUACAAAAGCUCACCCUAGCCAUUAAAGCAAACAGCUUCAUUCCUCUUAUGUAGCAAAGCGGCAGUUUCGGCGGUUUCGGUUCCUCGCUCAUCCCAUCGGCCCGGCGACGAAAGCAACGAAAGCCCGCUCGUUUGUAGUUUGGUCGGUUUGGUUGCGUGCUUACAAAAUGCACAGUACGCGUGGCUCUACGAGCAGUGCAAACGAUAAACGGCCAAAACUUAUUGUGUUUGACUUAGACUACACAUUGUGGCCUAUGUAUGUGGAUACACAUGUCACGCCGCCAUUUAAAAAAGUCAAUGGUAAGAUCACUGACAGACAUGGACGAAAGGUUUCUCCAUACCCAGGUGUCCCAGCAAUGUUAGAAAGCCUAAAGUCCCAGAAGUUCCAAAUGGGUUUGGCAUCAAGGACUGAUGACCCAGAUGCAGCAAAGGAGCUCCUGGUGGUACUUGAUUGGAAUAAGUACUUUCCGUAUCAGGAAAUUUACCCUGGCUGUAAAGUGACCCACUUUAAAAAGUUCGCGCAGCAAACAGGUUUUUCUUACGAGGAUAUGCUGUUUUUUGAUGACGAGAUGCGAAACAUCACUGAUGUCUCUAAGCUUGGUGUCACAUGUGUCCACGUAAAGGAUGGAAUGUCCCAGGAAGUUCUUGAUGAAGGUCUAAGAAGAUUUGAAAAUGAAACAUGAAUCGCAGGGUCACCUUCGCCUGGUCCACAGACUUCUACAUUUAUAAUAAAG